UUUCUAUUUACGUGUAGUAAGGUGAAAUAUAGAGGUCUGAAAUGUGUUGCAGCCUAUGUAGUGCACAUGUGUAGGGAGGUCGGUGAUAUUGAGGAUACGGACAGUGCCUGUUUCAUUCUGUGCAGGUUUACAUGAGAAUGGAGAAUAAAACUAAUAAAGAACAGAGAUAUGACCGACAGCUUAGGUUAUGGGGGGAUCACGGUCAGGAUGCUCUGGAAAAUGCUCAUGUGUGUGUGAUUAAUGCUACAGCAUCUGGUACAGAGAUCCUCAAAAACCUCGUCUUACCAGGAAUUGGAGCGUUUACUAUAGUUGAUGGACACAAAGUUACCGGGGAGGAUGUUGGAAACAACUUCUUUCUCAGCUGUGAGAGUAUUGGAAAGAGUCGAGCUCAAGCGGCUACAGAGUUGCUGCAGGAACUCAACACUGACGUCUCCGGGAAUUUUGUGGAGGAGGAUGCUGAUAAACUGCUGGAUAAUGAUCAGGAAUUCUUCCACAGAUUUAGUUUGGUUAUCGGAGUUGAGCUUCCUGAAAGUGUGUGUGUGAGGUUAGGAGAUGUAUUAUGGAAGGCCGGUGUACCGUUCCUCGUCUGUAGGACGUACGGACUUGUCGGGUACAUGAGGCUCGCCGUGAAGGAACAUACCGUGGUGGAGUCUCAUCCAGAUAACGCUUUAGAGGAUCUGAGACUGGAGGAACCGUUCACUGAGCUGAAACAUCACAUCUCCUCCUACGACCUCGACAACAUGGAGAAAAAGGAUCACAGUCACACACCGUGGAUUAUCAUCAUCGCCAAAUAUCUGGAGAAGUGGUACAGCGAGCACGACUUUCAGUUACCGAAAAACUACAAGGAAAAGGAGGCGUUCAGACAGCUAAUCAGAGAAGGGGUUCGUAAAAAUGAAAGCGGGACUCCAGAAGACGAGGAGAACUUUGAUGAGGCUGUUAAGAAUGUGAACACCGCUUUAAAUCCCAUCAAGAUCAACAGCAGUGUGGAGGAGAUCUUCAGCUCAGAACAGUGUGAGAACCUCACCUCACAGACUCCUCCGUUUUGGCUGAUGGCUCGAGGCUUGAGGGAUUUUGUGCAGAAUGAAGGAAACGGAAAACUUCCUCUACGUGGUACCAUCCCGGAUAUGAUCGCUGAUUCUGAUAAAUUCAUCAACCUGCAGAAUGUGUACAGGGAGAAGGCGAUGCAGGACGCUGCUGUUGUGGCCAGAUACGUUGAGUCUCAUCUUCAGUCUCUCGGAAAGCCACCUGAGAGCAUCUCUGAGCAGGACAUCAAACUAUUCUGUAAGAAUGCAGCUUUUCUGCGGGUGAUCCACUGCAGAUCUCUGGCGGAAGAACAUGGCGUGGAGAGUCUACGUAAAGACGAAAUCACCUCCUGUAUGGAUAACCCAGACAGCGAGAUGGUUCUUUAUCUCAUGCUGCGUUCUGUGGAUCGUUUUUACCAGCAGCACUCUCGAUACCCAGGUACUGCUGAACAUGGUGUGUAUAAUUACCAGGUAGAGGAGGAUAUCAGUAAGCUGAAGGUGUGUGUGAACAGCCUGCUGCAGGAGUACAGUCUCAACGUCAACGUUAAAGACGACUACAUCCACGAAUUUUGUAGAUACGGAGCUGCAGAACCCCACACAGUUGCAGCAUUUUUGGGAGGCGCCGCAGCGCAGGAAGCCAUCAAGCUCAUCACACACCAGUUCGUCCCGUUCAACAACACGUUCAUCUAUAACGCCAUGGCUCAGACCUCCGCCACCUUCCAACUCUGAACGUCUCUAAUCUCUGUAUCUGUAAACCCGUGAGCCUCUGAGAUGUUUUUUACUGCAUGUUCUGUGUAGAUAGUGUGGUCUGUUAUUGACCAUCCGCAAAACCCUGCUGUUAAUAAUGCGCCAGAAAUAAACGUUACAUCUUUAAGUC